AUGUCUGCCCGAUCUCCACGAGGCUCGCUCUCAGGAGUGUCGACUGAAAUCGCUGAGGACUUUUCUGAUUCUCUCAAAGACCUCCAAGGCAAUAAUAAAUUUGAGAUCGGCAACCUGACGCUCAUUGCAAAAGAGAACACCGAGCAUGCACAGGCUAUCUCCAAGGUCCUCGAAGACCACAUCAGAACGACCGCACCUCCGCGAAAACUUCCUGCUCUCUACGUCCUCGACAGCAUCGUCAAAAACGUCGGCACACCCUAUACCGUCUACCUUGGCCGCAACCUAUAUCAAACCUUCAUGGACGCCUAUACACUAGUCGACGGCAACACGCGACGCAACAUGGAGGGCAUGCUGAAGACCUGGAAGGAGCCAGUCCCUGGUAUCCUGGACAACACGCCAGUCUUCCCACCAGACAUCGUCCGACCGAUCGAGAACGCGCUGAUCAAGUUCCGCACUGUCAUGGUGCAGAACAACCGAGGCGUCCAGGCCCAGCAACCGACCUACCGGAACACGCCUACGCCUCCGCAGCACAAUGGGCGGUAUGCUGCACCGCCAAGUCAGGGCCAAGGUCAGCCUUACUACGGACAGGUACGUUCUUUUUCGGAGCAAGGCGAGUCUCCUGAUCGGUGGGCUGACCAGUCACAUCAGCCAAGCGCUUACCAACAGAGGACCUUCUCACCGGCGCCGCAGUAUCAGCAACCACUUGGUUUUCCAGCUCAGAAUCAACAGCCAGUGAACGAUCUUGAAACCAUCAAGCGCGACGUCGCGGCCGUCGCUGCGCAGCGCCAAGCACAGUUCGCCGCCAACCCGUACGAUGCGAAGACCAGGCAGGAGCUCGAUGCGCUGCUCCAGCUGCAGAGAUUGCUGGAUACUCAAGUACUCGACGCCGGUGCCCUGCAGCAAGUACAAAACCAGAUUUCGGCACUCGCCGUAGCACCACCUCCACCGCAACCGACACCUCAGCCAGCUCCGGCGCAGCACCAAUGGCAGCCUCCACCGUCCAUACCACAGCUACCACCGCAGUUCUCUGCACCUCCGGUCGCCUACUCACAGCCACCUUCGGCACCACCGCAGCAGCCAUCGGCCCACUUCCUCGACCCCGCCGCUCUCAGCGGCCUGCAAGCACUGUUAGCGAAUGGCCAGAAGCCCUCCACACCACAGAUGCGCGCCGCAGCGCCGGCUCUGCAGAAUGCCAGCCACUCCCAGCUGAGCAAUGUCCAGACCCAGACCUCCACCCAGCCCACGAUCAACGGCGCCGACCUAAUCGCCUCCCUAACCAAGAACGGCCUCCUCCCCCCUCUCCCCACGUCCAACACCACCCCCCUCCCCACCACCACCACCGCGCCACCACCGACACAACAGCAAUCCACCGCCGACAUCCUCGCCUCCCUCACCAAAUCCAACCUCUUCGGCCCCGCCCCCACGCCCCCGGGCGUUCCCACCCCAGCCAACACAGCCCGCCCCCGCGUCCCCAUGACAGCAGCCUCCCUAAAGACUUUCCGCCCAGAAUUAUUACACGCCCUCUACACCUCCCAACCCAACCAAUGCUCCACCUGCGGCCGCCGCUUCCCGGCCUCCGAAGUGGGAAGGGCGGCGAAGGCGCGACAUCUGGACUGGCAUUUCCGCACGAACCAGCGGAUGGCGGAUUCGAGCAUCGCGCGCGGGGCGCACAGGCACUGGUUCGGCAACGAGCUGGAGUGGAUCAAGCUUGUCGAAUUCGACCCCUCCACUACCUCCGCUGAAGACGCAGCCGCAGCCGAGGCUAGGCACGGCGCCAGCGGUGCCGGUGGUGGUGCGGGAGGCAAGGGUGGUAAGAAGGAGAUGAGGGCAGAGGAGAGAUAUGUGAGAGCUCCGCCCGGGGUGACGAGGAAUGUCUGUUCUAUCGAUUUCGAGGAGAUGAAGAGUACGUACUCGGAGGAACUGCAGGACUGGGUUUUCACGAAUGCGGUGGUGAUGGGGGGGAAGAUUGUGCAUGCGAGUUGCGCGGAGGAGAUGCUGAAGGGGAGUCAGAAGGGGGCAAUGGCGAGUGCGUUGCAAGGUGGACUGGGCGGACAGCAGAGGCAGAGGAGCGCGACGCCAGAUUCGGCGCUGGGGAAGCGGAAGGCGGAGGGGGCGUUGGCGGGAGCUGGGGCUUCGAGGGCGAGGAUGGAGUGA